ACAAGUCGGCGUGUGUACUGUCUGAGCGAAGUGCAAGAGGUUUUGUAAAAGUGUCCUUUUGUCAGUUUACAAACUGUUGUUACGUUUUGAACUUCAGGAAUUUUAUCUAUACCGACGUCAACAACAACAAUACAGGUAGAAUAGUUUGCCAAAGUUAGCCGCAAAGCUAAAAACAACUGGCUGGAGAAGCUAAAAACAGCUGUAGCUAGCGUCAUCUGUAAAGUUAGUCAGGUAACCUCAUUUUAGUGGAAGUUGCAUGAUGUAUCCUUACUUUUUUAGUCAAAUAUGAGCUAAUCGUAAAAUAUGCAAGACCAUGGUCGUACUAAGAGAGGGGAUGUGUCCUGGACUGGAUGAAGGAUUGCUGCGUGACCUGCGUGCUGCUGAUAUUAAAACAGUGGAGGACCUGGUUUCAUCAGACACCGAGGCGCUUGCACAGAAAUGUUCUGUAUCCUAUAAGGCUCUUUUUGCCAUCCGCCGAGUGCUGUUAGCCCAACACACAGCAUUUCCUGUGUCAGGUGCUGAUCUGUAUGAAGACCUAUUGAGCUCAACAGCCAUCCUCUCCACUGGAAACCCCAGCUUAGAUAAACUGCUGGAUUCAGGCUUGUAUACUGGAGAGAUAACAGAGCUGUCAGGAGGCCCGGGAAGUGGCAAAUCUCAGGUGUGCUUCGGUGUUGCAGUGCACAUUUCCUACCAACUGAAACAGAGUGUGAUAUACAUCGAUACAACGGGAGGGCUGACCGCCAGCCGCUUGCUUCAAAUGUUGCAAACCAAAAGCAGCAACACAGAAGAGCAGAUGGAAUCUCUUCAGAGGAUCCGCAUUUUCCAUUUAUUUGACGUUUACUCUUUACUCGACUGUCUGUACAGUCUCCGCAGCGGUGGGCUUCAGCAGGCGUCUGUUGGUGGCGGAUCUGUCAAAGCAGUGAUUGUGGACUCUGUGUCAGCUGUUAUCUCGCCUCUACUGGGAGGCAAACAGAAUGAAGGCAUGUCCUUGAUGAUACAAGUGGCAGGAGUUCUUAAGACGAUGGCAAAGGACUUCAACGUUGCUGCUUUGGUAACAAACCACGUAACGAGAAGUGGCAGCGGGGAAGUGCAGCCGGGCCUUGGAGUUUCGUGGAGUCACAUCCCACGAACCAGGAUCCUGCUGGAGCGAGUAGAAAAGGCGUCGGCUGUCAGCCGGCCCACUCUGCGCUCUGCAACGCUGAUCAAGUCUUCCAGACAGCCUUGUCACAUCAAAGAGGAAUUUGACUUGCAGUGGUGGAGUCGCUCAGAAAAAGGGUCUUCGGGAAAGAGGAAACUGGAUGAGACGGAUUCCUGAUGAGAGCAGUUAUAAUCCUCUGCAUAAAUGUCACACCAAAGGGAGGCACGAUGCGCCUCUUGCGGAUACAUUCCCAGAUCCAGCUGGGUGUCACUCUCUGAGCCUCGCUGUCCUCUUCCGGUUCGGCCAGUGUGUGCGUGGCAGAGGCGGCGUCGUAAUCUGGCACGAGGUCCCCGUCG